AUGGAGAGAUGGACUCCAGCCGGUGAAUCUUUGGAUGAACUGCAAAGUGUGCAGUUAAAUGAACAAAUUCGUUUUCGGGAACUUAAAGAGGAGCAGGAACGUCUGAACAGUUCACUGCUGUCUUUGUCUACACAUUUUGCACAAGUACAGUUUCGUCUGAAACAGAUCAGUAAGGCAGAUGCAUCUGAAAGAGAUCGAUUACUGAAAGAACUGGAAAAUUUUGCUUUCCGUGGUUGUACCGAUUUGAGACUGGAAAAACAAAAAUGCUCGUCGGUGAUAAAUAAUGGCAAAAAAUGUGAUGUGGAUCAGCAAAGGGAACGACAAAAGAUACUUAUCGCUCAUUUGAAACAGCAGCUAGAAGACUUGGAAAAGUAUGCUUAUGAAAGUGGUGAGGGUGAUCUUCCUAGCGCCGAAGUCAUGGCUAGACAGAAAGCAAUUAUUGAUAAGCUUCAUGAAAAAGUACAACUGGAUCUGGAACUGGAUAGAAUGUCCCAAAGCGAUUUGCAAAAAAAAGUUGAUGAGGCGUUAAAAAAGCUUGUGAACCCGAUUAAAGCGAAAGAGCAGUUAGUGGAGCAGUUGCAAGCGCAGAUUGUCGAUCUUGAACGAUUUAUUGGUUUUCUGCAGGCGGAAACUAACGAGCGUCUACCUAAUUCAAUUGCCUCGCUACCCACUGUACCAGCAAAGAAGGGCUCAUUCAUGAAUUUAAUCAGAUUUAACCAGAAAUUCGAACGUAAUCAACUGAAGCAAACACCACAAGGAAGUCAUUAUGGGCAAGUUGAUGAGCGAGCACGGAUAGAAUUAGCAGUUGAUGCAACAACUCAAGUGAUGGAGAAAUAUCUUCUGCUUUCAGUGGAUACAGACACAUCUCAUGCUGAGUCGUUUAGUAAAUCAUGUGAUGAGAUUUUUAAACGUAGCGAAGAAGAAGUGGUUGCCGUCAUUAGAAAACAGUUAUGUCCCGCUAUGCGUGAUCUUUUGGAACAUGGUAUGAAUAAUGUUGUCAAACAUUUUGUUUAUUACACAUCUUUGGGUUGCUAUCCUGGAGGUUCGCGUGCUGCAAGGAGCACCAAUGCGCGAAAGCUGGAACACGUUUGGGAUGUUGUGAUGUAUUAUUAUGAUUCGAAGUUCGGUCGUAAAUACUGUGAUGCACCCAUUCGACGUCUUUCACAAAGUUAUCAGCUCGAUGUGAUUGCAGGUCGAAGUGUCACAUCAAAACAGCUUUUACUAUCAACCAUCGAAAAUAUUUCUUCAACCCAUAGUCGACUGAAACGUUCUCCCGAUGCAAUGUGGAAGGCUCUGGUGUCUGCGGCAUUGAAUGAGAAAAAGUUGCCGGCGUGGAUACGAACAAUUUUCUGCACAGAAGAAAUUGUUGGACAGUGUUUUGCACAGUGGUCUUAUGUAGCCAGAACAGGCUGUGAGGACACUUGCCAGUUGCUGGAACAUCUUCAUAAGUAUAAUUUUCAUCUACCGGUGGAUUUGGCAGUAUGUUAUUUGAAAAUUUUUUGUGCUGCUGGACAUUGUAGCUGCGAUAUGGUGAGUGAAUAUUAUCGGCUGGUUGAUAUUUUCGAAACGGUUUCAGUUUUUGCACCGAAUGAAAAGGUGACUUGUAUUGAUGGAACAUCGAAGACAUUACUUUUCGGCACUUCGCAGGGACGCAUUUUACUUGUGGAUCUUUCAACAAAGAGCGUGAUUAAUGCGUUGCAACUUUCAACGAAUGCUCCCGUUGCACAAAUAGUGGCUGCCACAGCGCUUGGUUAUUUUAUUGUUCUGUCAGCGUCCACUCUCUAUAAUAUAGAAAUAGAAACAUUGAAGCCAAUUAGCUCAAGUACAGCAUCAAAUAUAGCUCAUCUGGCGCUGAAUAAGGAUCCAGUGAUAGCAGAUCCGUUUGCUUUACAGCUUGCUUUGGUUACGAACAAUCGCUACAUCCUGGUUUGUGAAAGCAAAGCGGGUAAUUUGGUAGUUCAGCAGGAGAUACGAACUGAGGACAAUGUGGUUGCCUUGUCGUAUAAUAAAUAUUGCAUAUGCUUUGCUCUGCCUAAUGCUUAUUUUGUCCAUAAUAUCCUGGAAAAUAAAACUCUGUCGUUGUUCCCAUACGACUCGCAAACUAUACGUCCUAUCAUUAUAAACACAGAUGCGGAGGAAUUUCUGGUAAAUGGUAUGCAAGGUUUAGGCGUUUUCGCAACAUCAGAAGGUGUUUCAUCGCGACCGCCGCUAUUCUGGGGUCUGACUUCUAUUGUAUCGUUUGCGUAUCGUUCACCACACGUCUUUGUUCUAACAGCAUCGUCAAUUACCGUUUACAGUUCCGAACAGUCAGUUGUUCUCCAAAGGUGGCCCUUCACAACUGGAACGUUGUUAGAGUGUAUUGAUGGGCAAUUAUAUGUCUGCAAUAGCAAGAAUAUCAGUCAUCUAGAAGAAAUAUCGUGGUUUGAUAGGGCAGAAGCUCUUAUUGAUAGUGGAGAGUUGAAUGAAGCAUUGAGAUUUGCUGAAAAUGCUAUAUCGAAUGGGCAAUAUGACGAAGCAAAAAUACUGAAAUUCAAUGAGUUAAAGCAGAAAGUGGCCUUAGUGCUUUUCAAACGAGAAGAAUUUGAAAAGUUUUACGAAUUAGCCGUGUUAUCCGAAUUAGAUCCUCGUGUGGUUUUGGUAUCAUUUAAAUUUUUACUUCCGUUUCCAUCAGGAUUUCGAUCAAAGCCAAGCAAAGAAACUACAAAGUUAUCAAAAGAAACUUUUGAUGACUUCGUUACCGAAAAAUCCGUUCAACUUAUAACUUUUUUGGAACAUUAUCUGAGAGCAAUCAGAAAACUUCAUUGGACUGCUGGAUUUCGUCGGGAUAUUGACGCUAUACUAUUAAGAUUGAUAUCACUACGACAGGAUGCACUAGAUGCUGAGGAUAUGUCGUUAAAUCUUCAUUGCACAUUUGACGACUGUAAUGAAUGGAUGCGAAAACAUAAGCGCCGAAAAUUCCUUAUUAGCAUUGCAUUUUGCCUUUCAGAUUUUGAUAAUGCACUUGCAAUAAGUCGAGAAUUAUAUGAUGAGAAUCUUUUGGAUGAUGAAAUUGCAAAACUGUGUCUGCAACUCUUUCCAAGUUUUCAUUCGGAACAAACAGCAUUAAGUUGGGUCGGGUUUUUGCUCAAAGUUCGCCAGGUUGAUGUAAUCGAUGGUCUAAAAAGAUGUUCAGUCAAAUUAGAUCACUCGAAAAUUAUACAAAUUUUGCAGCAAGAGCGAAGUGCACUGAUCAAAUACCUUGAAGGAAUUAAAUCCCUCCAAAACGAAGAAUUCCAUUCAAUGCUGUUUUCAAUGUACGUAGACGAAAUCAACACAUUAUUGGAAGAUGAAAAAAGUGAAAAGUCGUGCAGAAGGGAGCUACGUAUCUUCCUUCUUCAGCCAAAUAAGCUAAAUUUACGAGGCACACGUGCUGUUCUCAAGAGUUACCCACACUUUGCUGUCGAAUUGACCUUGCUAGAAGGUGUUAAGGAAAAAGACUCUAUUGAAUGCCUGGAAAAAUUGCUCAAUAAUCACAGAGAUUACGAUGCAGCUGAAUUAUUCUGCAUUUAUACAGAUACAUCGGAGUACGUUCUGAGAUUGACACUUCUGAAGUUCUAUCUGCGAAAUAUCGCGUCACAGCCGGAAUUCAAAUCACGUAUAAUCAGUUUACUAAACACACCUGGUUUUACAUCAAUUGAAGCUGAAGUAUUGCAAGAUAUUCCAAAGGAAUGGUCAUUAUCGUCAAUUCUUUGUUUCGUAGAAAGCACCGUACUGUCAGCAAAAGACCAGUCGCAUUGUCAGCAGCUGAAGGGAAAGGAAGCACUGAAAGCCGCUCAUCUACAUAUUCAAAUUGAUGAAAAAACAACAUGUACUGCAUGCAGGGCACCGAUCAAUAAUGAAGAUGUCGCAUGCUACCCACAUUCGAGACAGAUAUUCCAUCGAAGGUCUAGUACUGUGCGAAUUAAACAAAAUAAUUUGAUGAGCUUGCGCUCAUGUCAGUGUCAAAGUACAAUGGAUAUGAUCUAA